UUUCUCUAGAUACAACCAGAUGUUUUGAUGAUAGCGAGCCAGAUGACUCCUUGUUGGAACUGUCGGAUAGUGAAGAAGGGAAUUCUCCUUUCAAUUACACUGAGGAAGAGAUCCAGGAAAUCUUGGCAGAUGAUUGCGUGGAAUCUGAGCGGUACCUAACUAGAAAAAGCACUUUGAGCCAAAAUAUAAACGGAGAGGGUAAAAAGGACGAGAGCAGCAGCUUCACUGGGGCAUCAGUCAUCAGCGAAGAUGCAAACGUAGCCUCGGAGAUCGCAGAGGAACCAAAUGUUCCUCUGUCCAGAGAGUGUUCAGUCGGUUCUGAUAACGGCUGUUAUCCUAGCCGUUUGAGUGAAAGUGCUAGUUUGGAUGAGAACCAUCUGCAGUCAGCCCAAGUAACUCGCAUGUUGUUUGACCUUGACAUUCAGGAGCUUCUGAGUCUUAGCCCAAUUGAUGCUGACGGUGUAGGUCAGCCUCUGGAGGACAAUUGCUUGGAGGAAGCUGAAAGAGAAGCUUCAGAAGCAAUCAUAAAUGAUUGCCUAGAGUAUGAUAAAACCGCUAGUAGCUGUGUUCUCGAAGAAUCCUCGGAGGGGCUGGUGUCUAAUGGCCAGCAAAGCCUGGGUGUGGAUUGCCUGGGAAAGACUCCCUCUGCGAGCAGAGAUGUGUCUAACUUCUGUAGUGAUCGUGUGGAAAGAUCCGUGCCCUCUUCUGACCUUGCCUGUGGCCAGAGGACAGCUGAUGAGAGUUCAGCACCUGUGUUGAUGGUGUGGGACACCUCGGCUUCUGGGUCGAGAAACCAAGAACUUUCCAAAGAAACAGAGAGCUGUUUUUCAAGGAAAUUAGACUCUCCAGAGGAUGACGGGGGGCAGGAAUCUUCAGAAGUUGAACAGCCAUCAAACAGCGUUAAAUCAAGUGAUACAGCUGUAGGCCAGAUUGGGCAGGAAGAGACAACCAGUGGGAAGAAGCCUGGCAAAGUUAUUCCUGUGCCACAGGAGGAGGAAAGACUGAAUCAACGGACGUGCAUUUCGGAAGUGGAGCUUGAGCAAAAGAAACAUUUAUAUCCAGAGUGUGCAUGUCCAUAUGAAGAAAAGAGUAGCUCCUACACCAGGGACCCUUCAUCAGGUGAGUCGCAGCCCUACAUCCCCCAGGGCUGUGUGUCCCAGCCCUGCCUCACUCCUACCCACCUUGGGCCCUUUUGGCAAGAGCAGGUCAGAACCGCCUCCACACAGCAAGGAGGCAUGAGCUAUGAAGAUUACCCUUAAUCCCCUCUUAAUGCUGAGAACUCCUUCUAGCCUCUCAUUAAACGCUU